UGCGAAUGUUCCGUUUACUUAUAUUUAAACAACAUGUGAUGUUAUAACUAAUAUUUCAAUUCUUUAUUUAUAUUAAGUGUCUGGUUGAGAAAAUAUGACGUCAAGAUGUUCUGCUUAUUGUUGCGUCACAGUGAGUGAUUUAUACGGGAAUGACACCAUUGUUAAUGUAACUCCAGAAAUGUUGAUUGAAAAGAUUAAAGAAAUGGCUGUGAAACAAAUAACGGCCGAUACAGAAGCUACCGGGAACGUUGGCCAAUACAGGUUGAUUCUCAUCAAUAAUACACCGCGGUCAUUAUGUGAUGAUAAAACUGCUAAACAAGAAUCUUUAUUGGAGGGUGAUUCAACUUUAUUGUUAAAGAAUAGAAAUAACAAACAACCAAUGAGUUCGUUGGUUAAGGACGGAGUUGUUUCGCACGAAGGUCCGAGUUUGAGUUCGAUAGCUCGUGCCACCGAGGGGUUGCCAGCAAUGAGCGGGGCGUCGACAUCGAGUGAAACAUCGGACAUGAUCGGGGCGGCCACGUCAUCUGAACAAGUUGAACAAACUCUGCGCAAAGUUUUGUUGGCGCUUCUUGAAUUGUCGUAUAAGUUCAUGCAUUUUAACGAUGAUCAAAAGUCGAAGCAGGAAGUUGAAUUUGAGGUGUCAGAUGUGAAACACCUCACCGACAUGGGGUUUAGUGAAGCGAGGGCAAAGCGAGCGUUGGUGUUGAACAACAUGAACACCAACCUAGCAAUGGAAUGGUUGUUGCAACACGCCGAUGAUUCAAGUGAUGACGAACAAAUGGAAACAUCGGGGCCACCUAGUGUUGGACAACGAUUCCGAAAGUUCAAACCAAACCCGACUCACCUCACGUCACUUAUGGACAUGGGGUUUAAUAAGGAGGAAAGUGUUCAGGCUUUGAAGAUCAACAACAACAACCUGAACAGCGCCUGCGAGUGGUUGCUUGGUGAUCGCAAGGUGGACGACUCGCAUGAUGUUGAAGAUGAAAUGUUGAAUCCCGAGAGUGAAUUGUACAAAGCGUUGGUGGCGAACCCAACUAUACAUAUAGGGUUGCAUGAUAGGAAAGUAUUGGAAGCUUUGGAAGACAUGGUGGAGAACCCGUGGCGUAGGAACAGCUGGGCGUAUGAAAGUGCCGUCGGGAACGUUAUAUUGCAAAUCCUUAAACUUUACAAUAAAUAUUCAACUUCUGCUCCUCAAACAAACCCAUAAUAUUAAUGUUAUGUUUAUUGUGGUUGAUUUAAAAAUGAAAAAAAUAAAUAUUGCUAUUGUUGCAACAAUCGUUGAUAAAAUAUUCGUUAAAUAAAUAACCAAGUUAUAAA